UUUCGUGGACAAUGUUAAAAAGUGUGCGUAUGAAGUUUUUGUGCUGGUGUUUAACUUCGUUUGUGGCAGUGAGUUGGGCUAAAUGUGAAAAAGCAGCCAAAGAAGUGGAUGAUUUUAUUAUGGGCAGUGACAAGGAGUUAUCGGAUUUGGUAUUGACCACAGCUUUGGGUAAAAUACGUGGCACUCUGUUGACUUCACAGGCGGGUAGAAAUUUUUAUGCAUUUCGUGGCAUACGUUAUGCUAAGGCGCCUAUAGGUGAUUUACGUUUUAAACCAGCAGAACCGGUAGAACAAUGGUUUGAUAUCUUUGAUGCCACCAUCGAUGGACCCAUGUGUCCUCAACCGGGUCUUAAUAGUUUGGAUGUUUCAGAGGAUUGUUUGCGGGUGAAUAUUUAUACACGAGAAUUGCCCUCGGAAAAUAAUCCGAAUGUGAAGAAACCGGUUAUAGUGUUUAUACAUCCGGGAGAAUUUUAUUCUUUAUCGGGUCAGAGUAAAAAUUUCGCCGGGCCUCAGUAUUUCAUGGAUCGCAAUAUUGUAUUGGUUACUUUUAAUUAUCGUUUGGCUAGUUUGGGUUUUCUGAGUACAGGCACCAGAGAGGCACCCGGCAAUUUGGGUCUUAAGGAUCAGGUAUUAUUAUUGCGCUGGCUUAAAUUGCAUAUAUCACGUUUUGGUGGGGAUUCAACUUCUAUUACCCUGUUGGGUUAUGGUGCUGGGGCUUUGAGCAUAACUCUGCAUAUGGUCUCACCCAUGUCACGUAAUCUGUUUCACAAAGCUAUAAUAAUGAGUGGUUCGGCUACCGGUCAAUGGGAAUUGCCAGAGGAGCAAUUGGCUUUGGCUCAACGUCAGGCUACUUUAUUGAAAUGUCCCUCGGAAAAUAUCACCGAAAUGAUGUAUUGCUUAAAAGACAAACAUUAUUUACAAUAUGCCAAUAGCUUGACCUAUAUGUUUGAGUUUGGAAGGCAAAAUCCUUUGAUAUUAUGGAAACCUGUAGUGGAGAGAGAUUUCGGACAAGAACGUUUUCUCAUCGAAGACCCUGUGAAAUCCUAUCAAAAUGGUGAAUUCAUGAAAAUACCCAUUAUUACCGGAAUGACUAAAGACGAAUUCGUGGGUCCAGCCAUAAAUAUUUUGGAAAAUGAACAUCUAUUGCGCACAUUUGAGUAUCAUUUCGAUCAAGUGGCUCCCAUAUGUUUUUUGUAUAACAGCAGUAGUCCUAAAGCGGCCAAUAUUAGCAGUGAAUUAUGGAAUUUUUAUUUUGGUGAUCAACCUUUAAGUUUGCAGCUUUCUUUGGAAAAUCUUACUAAGUUGUACUCGGAUGCUUUGACGGGAUUUUCCGUGCAUCGUUUUGUACAUUUAGCGGCUCGCUCUACGAAAGUGUAUUAUUAUCGAUUUUCUUAUCAGGGUCAAAAGAGUCAUAUUAACUAUCCGGAAAAUGGUCCUUAUGGUGUGGUUCAUCAUGAUGACUUAAUGUAUUUAUUUGUGGAACCUUCCGUUAGUCGUAUGUUCACCGAUGACGAUGAUGACUUUACCAUGGUCAAUAUUUUGACUCGAAUGUUCAGUUCCUUUGCCUAUAAAGGAGAUCCCAAUAAACCCAGUGAUGAACAGUUAAGAAAUAUGCGCUGGCGUCCUUUCAGCUAUAAAAAACAACAUUAUUUGGAUAUCGGCGAUGAGCUGGUAAUGCGUGGCGGCCUUAAUACCGAGCGCUAUGAAUUGUGGAAACGUUUAUUCCCUCUCAACUGGAGACGUCAGAGUAAAAAUGGUGCUGGCAAUAUCAUCAAUGAUUAUGAAUAA